AUGCCUGUGCCCUGGUUCCUUCUGUCCUUGGCACUGGGCCGAAACCCUGUGGUCCUCUCUCUAGAGAGGUUUGGGGCUCAGGACGCUGCCCGCUGCUCUCCGACAGAACUGGUGCUAAGGUGCCACAAGGAGACCGACUGCGACCUCUGUGUGCGUGUGGCUGUCCACUUGGCUGUGCAUGCACUGGGCUUCUUGGAAGGAAGCCAAAGCCAGAGCGGCCUCUCUCAGGCCCAUGUGGUGCUGUCCUUCCAGGCCUACCCUACUGCCCGCUGCGUCCUGCUGGAGGUGCAAAUAGAGAAGCUGAGGCUUGUAGAGGAAAGUCUGUGGCUGGAUCCACGUCUGGCGGACUUCCUGCACAUCAUGUCUGUCCCACAUGACACUGUGGAAGCGGCCCUGCCCUGGCUCAACGUGUCUGCUGAUGGCGACCAUGUGCGCCUUGUGCUGGACGUCUCUGAGGAACAGCGCUUCGGCCUCUCCCUGUACUGGAACCAGACCCAGGGCCCUGCAAAACCCUGGUGGCACAGAAACCUGACUGGGCCACAGACCAUUACCUUGAACCACACAGACCUGGUUCCCUGCCUCUGUAUUCAGGACUCCUACCUGUGCUUCGUGCCCUCUUCAGAUGUCAUCGCCCCCUUGAAGACCCUCGCGCACACAGGAACUCUGGCGUGCAGCCCGGUUGCAGCUGCUGCCUUCGCAGGACUGGCGGCUGGAUGCGCCGUGCUCCCUGCCCGCCGAGGCCACGCUGUGCUGGCAGGCACAGGAUGGGGGCCCUGCCAGCCGCUGGUUCCGCCGCUGCCCCGAGCAAAUGUCACCGUGAAUGUGAGCACCUGGGAGAAGCUGCAGCUUCAAGAGUGCCUGUGGACUGACUCCCUGGGGCCCCUCAAGGAUGACAUGCUGGUGGUGGAGACAAGAGAUUCCCAGGACAACAGAUCACUCUGUGCCUUGGAACCCAGUGGCUGCACCCCACUGCUCAGCAGAGCUUCCACGCGGCUGCCGCCAGGAGCCGAGUGGCUUUGCUCCUCUACUCCCCGACGACGCAGGCUUCGAGCGCCUCGUGGCGCCCUGGCGUCAGCGCUGUGUCAGCUGCCGCUGCGCGUGGCCGUGGACCUGUGGAGCCGCCGCGAACUGAGCGCACAGGGGCCCCUGGCCUGGUUCCACGCGCAGCGGCGCCAGACCCUCCAGGAAGGCGGCGUGGUGGUCCUGCUCUUCUCGCCAGGGGCCGUGGCCAUGUGCCACGAGUGGCUGCAGGAUGCGGCGUCAGCGCCCGGGGCACACGGCCCGCACGACGCCUUCACCGCCUCGCUCAGCUGCGUGCUGCCAGACUUCUUGCAGGGCCGGGCACCCGGCCGCUACAUCGGGGCCUACUUCGACAGACUGCUGCCCCCGGACGCCGUGCCCGCCCUGUUCCGCAGCGUGCCGGUCUUCUCACUGCCCUCACAGCUGCCCGACUUCCUGGGACCCUACAGGGGCCCGGCGCCCUCCGCUCGAGGCGGCUCGCGGAGAGAGCGGAUCAAGUGUCCCGGGCCCUGCAGCCCGCCCUGGACAGCUGCUUCUGCGGCAAAUCAGGACUGCCGCGCUCAACCGGUAUCCCCGCGGCCCUUUAACAACCCCGACAGGUGCAGCCCGUAG